GAUUAAGACACUUAAUCAACAUAUACUACUAUCACAAAGAAACAGGCAGGAAGGUCUGUUUUAUAUUUGAUUCCUCACUUAGACAUCAACUUGGAAUGUCAAAAGGAGUAAUCCUCGUUCCUUUUUAUACUUGAGCCCUUGCCUUUCCUUUGCUUCACCCCAAAUUACUAUUUGUUCCAUCUUUCUCAUCCAUAUCUGCUUUAGCGGCCAUUGUCUGGAGAUGAAGUUUGGCAAGGAAUUUGCUUCUCAAAUGGUGCCUGAAUGGCAGGCAGCUUACUUGGAUUACGCUUGCUUGAAGAUCCUUUUGAAGCAAAUCCAACAUUGGAAGCAAAAGACCACCCAACCUGAUACUCCACCUCGUCUUCCACGAGCCUUAACUCUUUAUAGAGCAUUUAGCGGUUUAAUACAGAGACAAAAUCAACGUUUGAACUCUUUCAAUGGUGAAGACACAGAAAACCAACCCAUUCUUGUGAAUUUUUGCACUGGAAGAAAAGGGUCUGGCAAGUAUGAGACAACCUUUCUAAUGGCUGCAGAAGAAGGAGGGGAAUGUGAGCAGCAAUUCUUUAGAAGGCUUGAUAAUGAGUUGAAUAAAGUUGACAAGUUUUAUAGGUCUAAAGUGAAAGAAGUGAUGGAGGAAGCUCAAACAUUGAGCAAACAAAUGAAAGCUCUCAUUGCUUUUAGAAUAAAAGUUGACAAAGUAGCUGCAAAAUUUGAUCAUAUUCAUCCAUCUCCUAGAAUGGUUGGUAUGAAUGUAUUUAAUGGCGAAGCCCAAUCGAAUGAUUCGAUCGAAGAUAAUGAGAAGCACAUUAGCCUAGAGAUUGAAGAAGAAAAUUCCAAGCAUAUGAUGAGUAGUGACAUUGCUUCAUUAAACAUACUGAACCACGUGAAGUUGAAUGAAGCUAUUCAGACUCAUUUUCCAACUAUUAAACAAACAGAGCUCAACUUUAGUAAAGAAAACUUGAAGAGAAUCGAAAAACAACUUAAGCAGGCGUUUAUUGAAUUUUACCACAAGCUUAGGCUUCUCAAGAAAUACAGCUUCAUGAAUAUUUUGGCGUUCUCUAAAAUCAUGAAGAAAUAUGAUAAGAUCAGUUCUAGAAGGGCAUCAAGAAAUUAUAUGAGAAUAGUGGAUAAUUCUUAUCUUGGCAGUUCUGAUGAAGUAACCAAGCUAAUGGAGAGGGUUGAAGCUACAUUCAUCAAGCAUUUCUCGAAUUCAAACCAUGGUAAAGGAAUGAAUAAGCUAAGGCUGAAAACUAAGAAAGAAAGGCAUAGAAUAUCGUUUUGUACAGGCCUCUUUGUUGGUUUCACAGCAGCUCUGAUACUUGCUCUUAUAUUGAUCAUACAUGCGCGGAAUAUCCUCGAUAAGCAAGGAAAGGCUCAGUACAUGGAAAACAUGUUUCCCCUUUAUAGCUUGUUUGCAUUCAUUGUUUUGCACAUGAUUUUGUAUGCUGCCAACAUAUUCUUUUGGCGGCAGUAUCGAAUUAACUACACCUUCAUAUUUGGCUACAAACAAGGGACCGAGCUUGGUUAUCGAGAAGUUUUGCUCCUGAGUUUCGGUCUUGCAGCUUUAGCACUGGCCAGUGUCAUCUCAAAUCUUGAUAUGGAAAUGGACCCUAAAACAGGAGAUUACAAAGCACUAACUGAACUGCUUCCCCUAAUCUUGGUCACACUUGCACUUGUUAUAUUAAUCUUCCCAUUCAACAUCCUAUACUGUUCAAGUCGCUUAUUUUUUCUCACAACUCUGUUCCACUGUAUUUGUGCUCCUCUUUACAAGGUCAAAUUCCAAGAUUUCUUCUUGGCAGAUCAGUUAACUAGUCAGGUGCAAGCCUUGAGAAGCCUGCAAUUCUAUAUUUGCUAUUAUGGUUGGGGAGACUAUAAACAUAGACAGAACACUUGCAAAAUGAACGAUGCUUUCAACACUUUCUACUUCGUUGUUGCAGUAGUUCCAUAUUGGUCCCGUUUACUUCAGUGCCUCAGACGCCUACAUGAAGAGAAAGAUCCAAUGCAAGCAUACAACGGAUUGAAGUACUUUUUCACAAUUAUUGCUGUUUGCACAAGGACUGCUUAUAGCCUGAAUGCAGGAACUGGGUGGAGAAUUGUAGCUUGGAUCUGUUCAGCCAUAGCAGCUAUCUAUGGUACGUACUGGGACCUUGUUGCCGACUGGGGGCUUCUUCAACGCCGCUCUAAAAACCGUUGGUUGAGAGAUAAAUUGCUUGUCCCUUACAAAGGUGUAUAUUUUGGGGCCAUGGCAUUAAAUAUAUUGCUGAGAUUUGCAUGGAUGCAAACAGUGUUGAAUUUUAAGGUGUCUUUACACAGAGAAACAUUAGCUGCUAUUGUUGCCGGUCUAGAGAUCAUUCGUCGCGGCAUCUGGAAUUUCUUCAGGUUGGAGAAUGAACAUUUGAACAAUGUUGGCAAGUUCCGAGCAUUUAAGUCAGUACCUUUGCCUUUCAACUAUGAAGAUGAUGAAGAUAGGGAUGUUUAGCCUGCUGCAAAAAAAAAGAAAUAUGGGAAGCAGAUAGGAAAGAUGGAAAAAAAGUUGUAAGAGAAACAAUUAGCAAUGCAAUUGUUUCGGUGUCGAGUGGAGGAAGUUCUGAAAUCAUUUGCACCCAAAUUGAAUCAUAAGCAUAUAGAUGUAUAUUUCAUUUAGCUUUAUACUGUGGAUUUUUUAAACUCUUUGCUAGGUUGGAUUAGUUCAUUAGAUUGCUUCAUUCUUUUUAUAUCACCUAUGUUAAGAGUGUUGUUGAAUCGUAAUUGUCUUUAUUUGUGUAUAAUUUUGUUGAAUCAAUAAGUUAUUGAUUGCUUAAAAAAACAAAGUGCUUGAAUGGAAGUUCUUAGAAUUUUAUUUUUAA